CAUGUCACUAAGACAAUUCAGCUAUAAGAUAAACCGAAAAUUCAGACACGCACGACAGAGGAACUUCACGCUCAGUAGACCUUUCCACCCACCCCCUCAGCAGAAAUGGGAGGGCAUCAGGUGUGUGACAUGUGACAACACUACUGUCACUACACUUUGUACCCAGGUGUCGCGCUGGAAGCAGGUCCCCUGACUAGAUAUCACAGGUCACCUGUGUCCGUCUGAACUAGCAGACCCGUUUGGUUGUGUCAGCCCCCGUGCUAGAUGCAUUGCUGGGAGUGGGACACCUUUAGCGCCAUCGUCAUAGCCCAGAGCCGUGGAGCAUACCGCGCCCUCAGGUAACACGCGGCCAAACUGCAGCUAGCAAUCCAAAUUUGAUCUCCACAAAAUGCCCUCUGCCAUGGGUAGGGUACUAGGUACCCUCACCUGGCCCUUCGAGGCCAUAUGCUUCAUGCUGAUGCGCCUGUAUGACGUCAGCAUGUACACACCUAUCCAGACGAUCACCGCUCCCGUCGUUAGGCUCAUCCCGCGGACCCUGAGUAUCGGCGGGAAGAAGCGCGUGGUCUUCUCGGCAAACUUCGUCACCUGGUCCCGAACGGUCCUCGUCAUCCCCAUCGCCGUCUGCCUGAAGAUCGGACAACCGACGGCGGCGUUCUGGUUAGUCAUCCUGCACGACUACCUGGACCACGUGGACGGGAUUGUGGCGCGGGUGCACCGAAAUGUGUACGGUCCCGUCGACGACCCGAUCCUCGGUGGCUUCCUGGAUGCCUUCUGCGACAAGAUCGUCAACUGCCUCGCCCUCUGGAGCAUCCUUGUCGUCACCGACUACCGUGGCAUGACCGUCCUGCAGUCAUCGGUGCUGAUCGCCUCAUGUGCCGUAGUCAUCCUGUACGAGUUCACGAUCGGAGUGGUCAGAGUACAGGACUACUUUCGCGCCUUCUACUCGCGAGAGUUCGGGAAAGUCAAUAGUCACGACCAGAGGUCCUCCUCAGACAGCACCAAGGCCGCGAUGGAAGGCAAGACAAAAGAGAAGCUUGAGUCCCUGGGUAUCGCCUUCUUGUGUCUUGCCCAAGGCUCGGAGGUGCCCAUGGACCACUGGGGCGGUGCUGCCGGUGUGGUCUGCCUGGUCCUGUGCAUCCGCCUGGCCCACGCCAGUCUGGACAGGAAGCUGAAGGCACGCCGGAUCCAGGAGAAGAACAGCGGACACGACAGCAAGCUAAAGAGGAUCGAGUCUGCGCCCCCAGGAGAAAUGGAAAGGAUAGAAACUGUCUACAACCACAAUCUGCGGUUGAGAGAUUCUCAAGCUUCAGACGACUUGAGCGACAGCAAACACGACGAAAGCAUCCAGGACAAGCUCGAUCCUGUUGAUCCAGUUGACGCAGUGUUCACCGUCGGCUGUUUCGACCUGUUCCAUACAGGGCAUGAGAUUUUGCUUCAGCGCAUGCGUAAGAUGGGCCGCAAGGUGGUGGUGGGAGUUCACGACAGCGCCAGCAUCUACAAGAACAAGCGGCGCAUGCCCAUAGAAAGCACAGAGACCCGCAUGCGCAACGUCAAGGUGUACGCCGACGUCGUGUUCUGCAUCGCGUCCGCCGACCCCACCGACUACAUCGAGUGCGUCUUCGACAAGAAGGCGGGAGAAACCGCCGUGUACGUCCGCGGAGACGACUGGCCCACCUUCCCAGGCAUGAAAGCGGUGGAGAGGUUGAUGCCCAUACGCCUGCUGCCCUACACGCCUGGCGUCAGUUCCACUCAACUCCGCAAGAGGGUGUCCGUGUGCCUAGCAGAUGCCGUGGAAGAAAACCAUCGUGACAUCUUUUAUUGAGAACCUUGUUCGACAUCAGAAGGUUUAGAUUAUCAUUUCACCUCACGCGAGUGCUUAGAAAAUAAUGAAAACGUAGACCGAAUCCUGUUAACAAUCUUUUUAAACAAACUAUCAAGAUUCUUUGAUCUACAGCUUUGACAUACUAGUACAUGUAAAAGUAUUACGGGUUUUCGGGAAACCCAAGUAUUACUGGGUAAUUGUCCAAACAGAAUGGGUAUCUCACUGACCUGCGGUACCAUCUUCAAUUAGCUCUGGACAGAAUUGACAAACCCUCUGGUCGAUAGGAAUUUUAUGGGAUCUGCCGGUCAUGUUUAUGACAGCCAAUUCUGAGUAUUGUGAUUGCCCAACGAAUAUCAAGGCUCUUUAUGUUUGAAAGGUAAUUUUCGUAUAAUGAUUGUUCAAGGUAGACAGAAAACUAUAUGUUAUCUAUGUUGCAAUGAGUAUCUUAAGUGGACAUCCUUUGAUUUCUCUUUUUGAUACAUUUUCAUCAUUUGCAUUGAUUUUUUAUAAACUGACAAUGCUGCAAUUUCUGAUAAGCUAUUCAUCUAGUUCAUUGGCUUUUUGAUGGCUUUCAGAUCAACUAUGGAUAUUUGUAUUCUACCUGAAUAUUGGUACUCUACCUAGCAACAUAGCAAAGAGCAAAAAGAUUGUCACUUCAAUCCAUAUUCAAACUGUCACCAUCUUCCCAGCAAUGCCCUUUUCUAUAAUUCAGGAGAGCAUUUCCUAAGCAUUUUCAGUACAUUUUCGAUAGGAUUCGAUAGUGUUAUUGUCAAAAUCAAAUUAAUAGGUGAGAUUAUAAUCAUUACAUAAAGAUUUAAAAAUCUGUACAAUGUAUUAUGGUAAAUGAAAUAAACUACCAUCUAAAUUUCAUCUGGGCAACUACCGUCUCUAAGACCCUGAU